AUGCCGUUCGGUCACCAUCGCUCUCACUCAAGACAAGACCGCGACAGCUCCUCGCAAGGUCCCGAACAGCUUCAUACUUCUGGAGCUCUUCUUCAGGCUGCUCAGACGCUUUCGUCUAUCGGGAAGCCUUCGACUUACCAUCCGGCCGCUCCAGGCCCAAAUAUUGUCCCUCAGCAGCAACAACAGCAACAACAGCAACAACAGCUCCAGAUACAGCAGCACCAGCACCAGCAGGCGCAACUUCACUACCAGCAACAACACCCCACUUCCCCGCCUAAACCUCCGUCUGGGGCCCCUAGCGCCCAAUCUCCAAUGUCUUAUCACCAGAAUCCCCAGUUGAACCCGGGAGGGUACGGUGGAUACGGUGGUGGAAACUAUUCCUCCACGAGCCCUCAUCCAGGUUCUGCAAUGCAGGGUCAACCGCCUUACAACGAUCCACAACAGCAACAGCAACAGGAUUUCCAAAGACAGAAUUCCUUCAGGACACACGAAGGCCAUGGCCCACCACCACCAUCAUUACAACCCCAGCAACAUUCCCAGAGAGCACCUCCCCAGCCCCAGUAUAAUGAGUAUGCUUCGCCGAUUCACAUACACCAACCCCAACAACCUCCGCCUCCUCAGCAACAGCAAGGGUAUCAAGCAUACCCUGGUGGCAGCGGUGCUGGUGGUGGUGCUGGAGUGUCUAGAUCACAUACCACAAGCACAAAUCUGUCGAGAUCAAACACUUUAGCUGCUGCUCACCCUCCUGCAGGAGAACCAGAUGCCAAUGCUCUUUACGGCGAUGCCAAUACCAAGUACUUACCAAUCACUCAUAUGCAGUCAUCUUCUGCUUCCAAUCUACCGGAUCCUUCGCAAUCUUCAAACUACAGGAAAUACGCACCGAGUGGAAGUAUGGGAGGACAGGAUCUUGGUAUCUCAGGCGGGUUCGGGCUCGAUGUUCAGUCAAGGCAAGGCUCGAUAACAGAGGCUCCGCCUAAGGAGUUACAGAAGGGAAGUCACUACUACACACAGUGGCCUAGUUAUGCUAUCGAUUGGUGUAAAUGGCCUAUCUAUGGAAGUCCUGGCGCUAGUGGCUACGCUGGACAGAGCGGGGUAGGAAGGAUUGCCUUGGGAAGUUACAGCGAAGAUGGACACAACUACAUAUCCAUUUUGAACACUGCCAACAAGGUCGUCAAUACGGACAACCACCCACGAGGAGAAUCGACCCUUGAGAUCACGAAAUUCGCCGAAGCUACUUUGACAUAUCCAAUAACAAGGAUUCUUUGGGAACCUCCAACACAGUCUAAACCGCUCACAGAUCUAAUCGCAACAGCUGGCGACCACCUAAGGCUGUGGUCUCUGCCAAAUGCUGCACCAGCAGCUAUCUCCACCCCUACUAGUUCCAUUACUUCACGAUCAAACCAGUCGAGUUCCGACCUCCCUACCAAAAAGUUAUCGCAGCUUGCCCUCCUCUCCAACUCUAAAAGCACAGAUUUCACAGCUCCGUUGACCAGUCUUGACUGGAAUCCGAUCAGUCCUUCUCUUAUAAUUACUAGCUCGAUAGAUACAACUUGUACCAUCUGGGAUAUCCCUAGUUUGACCGCGAAGACCCAAUUGAUCGCACACGACAAAGAAGUCUUCGAUGUACGGUUUAUGAGUGGAUCGGUGGAUGUAUUUGCAAGUUGUGGAGCUGAUGGCAGCGUUCGUAUGUUUGAUUUAAGAAGUUUGGACCAUAGUACGAUUAUCUACGAGCCUACGGUGAAGGCCGAUGGAGGUGUUACUCCUAGCCCUGGUGGUGUUAAUCCUAUUGGAGGGACUGGUGGAGUCGGUAGUACGCUCCAAGGUCCGCCUCCUUUGUUGAAACUUGCAGCGUCGCCUCAUGAGGGCCAUCUUCUUGCGACAUUCGCGGACCAAUCCAACAUCAUCCGGAUCCUUGAUGUCCGUCAACCCGGACAGGCUUUGGUGGAAUUACGUGGAGCGGGUGGAAAUAUCAAUUGCAUAGAUUGGUGUCCUUACCGCCGUGGGAUGGUUGCUGGCGGUACCGAUGAUUCAUUGAUUUUGAUCUGGGAUAUGAUGAAUGACGGAUCAGUCGGCAACCCACACCGCCAAACAAGAGAUGAAAGGCAUGGUCAUAAUCAGGAGCCGACAUGGAGAACCCCGGUUGCCCAUUGGAAGAGCGAGUACGAAGUUAACAACUUGAGCUGGGCUCCAAGUUUGGGCAAUGGGAUGGCACUGAUGGGCGGUGAGCCUGGAAAGAAUGCCGGCGAAUGGAUCGGUUGCUGCGGAGGGAAGGGUGUCUAUGGAGUCAAGUUUUAG